GCCCGGGAUCCCUCCAUGCACAGCUCCUCCACCAGCACCAGGAUGGGUAUUCUGGGCCUGACCCCACAGAGCUGCCUGGCCCUGGGAUUCCUGCUCUCUGUCGCCCACUGUGAACAUGUGUUCCUGGACCAGCGGCGGGCGCUGGCUGUGCUCCAGAGGGUCCGGCGGGCCAACAGGGGCCUCCUGGAAGAAAUGCGACCCGGAAACCUGGAGCGCGAGUGCUUGGAGGAGCAGUGCAGCUACGAAGAGGCCUUCGAGGCCCUGGAGUCGACCACAGCCACGGCUGCCUUCUGGUCCAAGUACCAGCUUUGUCAGUCUGUGAGGACGACCUCAAGAGCCAUUUUUGACGCCUGCCUGGAAGGAAAUUGUGCAGAGGGUCUAGGGUCAAACUACCGGGGAAACAUCUCGGUCACCAAGUCUGGGAUCCCGUGCCAGCUGUGGAGGAGUCGCUACCCGCACAGGCCGGACUUCAACUCCUCCACGCACCCUGACCUCCAGGAGGACUUCUGCCGGAACCCCGACGGCAACCCCAGCGGCCCCUGGUGCUACACCAGCGACCCCACCGUGCGCCGGGAGGAGUGCAGCGUGCCCGUCUGUGGAAAGGACAGCUUCACGGUGCCUCUGACCCCCAGGAGCCCCAAGGCGGGGGGCCCGAGCGCGUCCCAGCCUUGCGUCCCCGGCGAAGGCCGCUCCUACCGAGGCCAGCUGGCGGUCAGCGCAUCCGGGGCCCCCUGCCUGCCCUGGGCCUCGGAGCAGCUGAAGCCCCUCCUCAAGGAGGUCAGCAUCGACCCCGCCGUGGCCCUGGAGGAGAACUACUGCCGAAACCCCGACGCCGACGAGGAGGGCCUCUGGUGCUUCGUGGCCGGGCCCCCCGUGGGCCAGGAGUACUGCCCCGUCAGCUACUGCGACAGCCCCGUGGAUGAGGUGGACGGAGACCUGGAGCCAGAACCGGAGACCAUCAUGGGCCGGAGCAGCGCUCAGGAGUACCAGGUGUUCUUCAAUGAGAAGACCUUUGGUUCCGGAGAAGCAGACUGUGGGCUCCGGCCCCUGUUUGAGAAGAAGGAGCUGAAGGACAACAGCGAGCAGGAGCUGCUGGACUCUUACAUGGGCGGGCGCAUCGUGCACGGGGAUGACGCUGAGCUGGGCACCGCUCCCUGGCAGGUGAUGCUUUUCCGGAAGACGCCGCAGGAGCUGCUGUGCGGGGCCAGCCUCCUGAGUGACCGCUGGGUCCUCACCGCCGCCCACUGCCUCUACUACCCGCCCUGGGACAAGAACUUCACGGUGGACGACCUGCUAGUGCGCAUCGGGAAGCACCAGCGCUCCAAGUACGAGCGGUCCAUGGAGAAGAUCUCCAAGCUGGAGAAGAUCAUCAUCCACCCCAAGUACAACUGGAGAGACAACCUGGACCGCGACAUCGCGCUGCUCAAGCUCAAGCAGCCCAUCGCCUUCUCCGACUACAUCCGCCCCGUCUGCUUGCCGUCCAAGGACGUCGUGCAGAAGCUCUUCCUGUCCGGGCACAAAGGGAGGGUGACGGGCUGGGGCAACCUGCGGGAGACGUGGACUUCGUCCAGAGACACCCUGCCCACCGUCAUGCAGAAGAUCAACCUCCCCCUGGUGGACCAGGCCACUUGCCGCGCCUCCACCCGCAUCAAAAUCACCGACAACAUGUUCUGUGCCGGCUACAAACCCGAUGAGGAGAAGCGGGGAGAUGCUUGCGAAGGGGACAGCGGGGGGCCCUUUGUCAUGAAGAGUCCCUUCGACAACCGCUGGUACCAAAUGGGCAUCGUGUCGUGGGGCGAAGGCUGCGACCGGGACGGCAAAUACGGCUUCUACACUCACGUUUUCCGUCUGAAGAAGUGGAUUCAGAAAACCGUCGAUCGUUUUGGACUUUAGGGAGCCGGGCCCUGCCCCUGAGCCAGGAGCAUGAACUGGAGAGGCCCCCCUGCAAAAGAAGGCGGGAGGGGCGUCCCCUCCCCACCAAAGGAAGGCGGGAGGCUUUGGUUUGUUUUUUAUUUCUAAAAUAUCUAUUUCUCAAUAAAAGUCUUUCCUUCUA